GCCGCCCCCUCCGCCGGUUUGGAUCCGGGUCAGUGUGGCGCGGCGACCAGGGCGAGACGAUCUGGAGCGACGGGGCCGGCUCAGCGGAGCGCUCGGGCUGUGCGGAGAAUUAACUGGAAGUCCACAGUAGUGUAAAACCUGUAACAAUGAAAUCUGAAGCCAAGGACGGAGAGGAGGAGAGUCUGCAAACUGCUUUCAAGAAAUUGAGAGUGGAUGCAUCAGGGUCCGUGGCGUCCCUGCCUGUGGGAGAAGGCACGAAUGUCCGAACGUCGGUCAGAACAGCGGAUGAUACCAAGCUGAAGGCUGCAGGUGCAGCUAAAGACAGCUGGCAUGGGUCUACCAGGAAGUCUUCACGAGGAGCAGUGAGAACACAGCGCCGUCGACGUUCUAAGUCUCCUGUACUCCAUCCUCCCAAGUUUAUCCAUUGCAGUACAAAGGCGUCUUCUUGCUGCAGCCAGCUCAAGCACAAAAGCCAGACUGACUCACCUGAUGGCGGCAGUGGGCUGGGAAUGUCAUCCCCAAAGGAGUUCACUGCAGGAGAAAGCUCGACCUCUGCCGACGGCAAUCACACAGGGGCAGUCGUUGAGCCUUUGAGAACUUCGGUUCCCAGGCUCCCGGCGGGGAGUAAGAAGGAAGACUCCUGUGAUGUUACCCACGGCUCCCAGGAAAGUCUCAAGGCCAAUGAUCUCUCUGACUUUCAGUCUGUUUCCAAACUAAACCAGGGCAAAGCGUGUGCAUGCACAGGCAAGGCGUGCCAGUGUCAGAGAUGGCAUGAUAUGGAAGUGUAUUCCUUUUCAGGCCUACAGAAUGUCCCUCCCUUGGCUCCAGAACGAAGAUCCACGCUUGAGGACUACUCACAGUCGCUGCAUACCCGAACUCUGUCUGGGUCUCCCCGCUCCUGUUCUGAGCAGGCUCGGGUCUAUGUGGAUGACGUGACCAUUGAGGACCUAUCCGGCUACAUGGAGUAUUACUUGUAUAUACCCAAGAAAAUGUCCCACAUGGCAGAAAUGAUGUAUACCUGAUAGAGAGAUGCUAAUUCAUAUGCUUUAAACCAAUGAAGGGUUGUCAAAGAGAUUGAGUUACUGGCAGCCCUUGUGGCUACUUUUGUGUGAGAAGACAUCUCUUUUCUGCUCACUGUGCUUGCAAUAAAAACUUUUCUUGGCAUCUCAGUUAAUCUUCAUUCUUUACACUUACUCAGAGUUCUUACAUAUCCACACCGAGGCAAAUCAAAGUCCAGCAAGAUCCACCAUUUGCAAGUGUACCCAAGGGACAGAAACUGUGACCACUUGAGACUGGCAGCAGUAGCAUACUGUAAAAACCUUUGUAAACAAUGCAUUUUCAGGUCUGUUUAAGAUUUGGUAG